AUGCAUUACUGGAGCCUGGAAAAGUUGAACCGUGCUCUAGCUGACAUGCGCUCCACUCAUUGGUCUCUGGCUCCAGCUCGCGCCAGAAUCCUCGAUCGAACCAGCAACACGUUCACAUACACUUUUCGUAUCAUUUCGCCCAUUCAAACUCUUAGAGCCAAUGGACUCUCAGCUGCUGCAAGAGGUACCAUCACCAGCGGAAGAUGGCUACUUUUCCUCGAACAUGACCGUCAGAUACUGUUCAAAGCACAAAGGCUGACGCGUAUGCGCUCCAUCUACGAUGCCCAGUUUCCCGUCAGUCCCGUAAUUACUCCUGAUUCCGCUAGUACUGAAAACGACUUGUUCCAAUGUUGGUCCACGUGCUCAAAUCAUAGUCACUUCAACUUCUGCGAUCUCACUCCCAGCAGGCAGCGACUAGAACUGAUGCACGAACUGUACAUGAGCGAAGUCGAAUCGAUUCCGAACACUCCUCAGCAAACGGUUGAGACGUUGCUCGGCACCGACCCAUUCUACGAUCGAUUCCCGUGGUUCAGGCUUGUUGGCAGGGCGUUUGUCUACCUGACCAACUUAUUGCACAACUUUUCAUUGGUACAUAAGGUGGCAAUUGUGAACGAAAAGGGAGACGUCAAGGGUUACCUGCGAGUCGGCAUACAGUCAGUGGAUAAAAAUGAGGAAGAAAAAAUCGAUUCGGUCAAGAAGGUGCGUCAGUCGGCGAAGCUGCAUUUCCGCCAAGAGUACUUUUUCAAGAAGAAGUGUAAGAAUGACAUGUCGAACAACAGCCUGAACGCACUGUCGCUUGAGGACCGUAUCAUCGAAGGCUACAGUGGCGACUGUUCUGACCAGAACGAUGAGCUCGUCACCAAACCGGUAUCGAACACGAAUUCUCUGUUAUGCAGCAACGCGUACGAGCAAAUCGAUGAUUUUCCGUUCGAAUUUCCUCCUCAUAUGAGAGAGGGUGAAGAGUUCACUUUUCGAGUAACGCUGACGGUUUCCAAAGCUUUCCUGUACUACGUGCACCAUUUCCCGAUCAUAUUCGAAAUUUUUGGUCAUUACCAACCUCCGUCAAAGGACUGUGAAUACGAAGCUUCAACCAACUGCUAUCCGUUAUUUAUGAAGUAA